CUUCAGAUAUUGCCUCACCGUGAUUUGACCGCGAAACCGUGAACAGGUGAACCUCUUCUUCCUCCGUAUCGUCUUCCCGAAUCCUUCGUAUCCUUCCUGUUCUAGAUCCCUUUUCCGAUGACCACUCUCUCCGCCUUCCCUAACCCUAAUCCCAAUUUCCUCGACCAAACCUCCCAAUCUCAACCUCAAACCCUAGAUUCCCUCCCUCCGAUGCCUCACGAACCUCAGGAUUCCGAACUUGGUCAUAAUUCUAACCCUAAUUAUCAUACCCAUAUCUCCCAUACCUCUUUUCCGAUCGAGUCUGCUUCCCCUCCAGCUGCCACCCUGCCUUCUCUUCUUCAUUUGUCUUUUAAUCAGGACCAUGGAUGCUUUGCCACCGGUACCGACCAGGGGUUUCGGAUUUUCAAUUGCGAUCCGUUUCGUGAGAUUUUUCGCCGCGAUUUCGGUCGCGGUGGUGGCAUCGCGGUUGUUGAGAUGCUAUUUCGUUGCAAUAUUUUGGCUUUGGUGGGUGGGGGACCGGAACCGCAGUACCCGCUUAAUAAGGUCAUGAUCUGGGAUGACCAUCAGAGCCGGUGUAUAGGUGAGCUGUCGUUUAGGUCAGAAGUGAGAUCGGUGCGGCUGCGGAGGGAUAGGAUUGUUGUUGUUUUGGAACAGAAGAUAUUUGUGUAUAAUUUUGCGGAUUUGAAGCUGUUGCAUCAGAUUGAGACAAUUGCAAAUCCUAAGGGGCUCUGUGCAGUGUCUCAUGGAGCGGGUUCGCUGGUGCUGGUGUGUCCCGGAUUGCAGAAGGGGCAGGUUAGGGUGGAGCACUAUGGCUCGAAGAGGACUAAGUUCAUUAUGGCGCAUGAUUCUAGGAUUGCUUGCUUCGCGCUCACUCAGGAUGGGCAGUUGCUAGCCACGACCAGCACAAAGGGAACACUGGUUCGAAUUUUCAAUACCGCGGAUGGGAGCUUGCUUCAGGAGGUGAGAAGAGGUGCAGAUAGAGCUGAAAUUUAUAGUUUGGCAUUCUCUUCAAAUGCUCAAUGGCUUGCAGUUUCAAGUGACAAGGGUACCGUUCAUGUUUUCGGCCUCAAAGUUAAUUCUGGGUCUCCAAGCAAUGAGAGGCCUCGAGGUGGAUCAGACUCUGUUACUUCUCCCACCUCAUCUCUCUCUUUCAUCAAAGGGGUGUUACCCAAGUACUUCAGUUCUGAAUGGUCAGUGGCUCAGUUCCGCUUGGUUGAAGGUUCUCAAUACCUUGUUGCUUUUGGUCACCAAAAGAACACGGUGGUAAUUCUUGGCAUGGAUGGAAGCUUCUACAGAUGCCAGUUUGAUCCAGUAAUUGGUGGGGAAAUGACUCAGCUGGAAUAUCACAACUUUCUGAAGCCUGAGCAAGCUUUCUAAAAGUAUAUCUGUAUUUUAUCUUCAACACUUUUCUUAAUUAAUUAUAUUUGGGAACCCUGUUUUACAGACUACACGGGACUGUAAAAUAGGAACCAUUGGAUGGGGGAGGGACUCCAAUAUCUAAGGCCUAACUCCCAUCUAAUGGUUAAUGUUGUGUAGUCUAAUAUAGUCUGGACUGCACAAAACUUUUCCCUAGUUAUUAUGUAAUCUGUAAAUAUAUACUAGUGUUUAUCUGUAAAAUCUGUAAUGUUAACUAAUUACUGGGAAAAAAAGAAAUGUUGUAUCUGUUCAUAGUUUUUGAUUUCCUUUUGACCUCUGCCAAGUAAAUCCGAAUCAGAGAAGGGUGAUAUUGCUGAAGCUCUUAAUUUAUGCAUUUUGUGAUUUAAGGGGAAGAAGGGGGAAGUUUCCUUCUUUUCUUUUCUUCUUUUUUUAUUUUUUUUAACAAGAAUUUCACGGAAUUUGCAGGUCAAGUCCAAUAGAAUACAUAUAUGCAAAACUAUAGGUUUUUGGGAGAUUGUAAACGAUCACCGAAUCCAGAUCCUGUGCCCUCAAGAUUUCGUUGAAAUCUUCUGAAUUGGAUCACUAAAAUGUUUCAGAUGUGGUUCGGUAAGGCUGAUGUUUGGAGUAUACCUCAAGUAAAAUGUGAUUUCAGAUUAAUAACUUUUAAUAUGAACCUUGACAUAGGUGAAAAGAGAUAAGAGAAGUGGAUAGUAAUUCUUUAUUUUAUAAUAUAUUUUUAAUAUAAAAAAAGAGCUGAUUUUUGGAGUUGGUUAAAAAAAAAAAGAAAAGGAAAAUCUUAGGAGGGACUUUUUCAAUUUCAAUUACAAGGGGUGUAGUAAGUCUUAUCUAAUUUUUAUCUAUUAUUAUGUAAAUAAAAUUGAACUUCUUUA